GACUUCAAGCCAAUACCAACAUCCCACUUGGUCCUUAAAAAAUAGCACAGCUGUCCAUAUUUACAUCUAUUCACCCAAAGAUAGCACACACAACUUGUAUAUUAUUCCUCAAACAUCAUGCCAACCAUCAUUAUAGACAACGGCUCGUACGAAAUCAAGAUUGGUCAUGCCUUAACCGGCAAAAAGGGCACUUCUUCCCCCCGGAAGAUCCUCAAUUGCGUUGCCAAGUCUAAAUCCGGCGAAUAUCUUAUCGACGGCCAGAUUCUCAGUCAUUCUGAGGCAAACUUGUUUGUGAAACGGCCGUUUGAGCAGGGCCAGCUAACUUCUUGGGAGUUGGAGCGCUCAAUCUGGGAUUACGCGUUGGGAGAGGUUUGCGGGGAGGUUGAGGCAAGCGAAUGCGAUUUGGUCUUGAGCGAAACGGCAUAUACCCUCCCCCAGUUGAGCAUCAACACGGACCAGAUAGUGUUUGAGGAGUUUGGGUUUGAACAUUACUACCGCGCGCCGUUGGCGAGCUAUAUUCCGUGGAACCAGUCGAUGAACCAGAAGAUUUUUGGCAACCAGCAGAGCACGCCGGACGAAGAUUCUCACACGCUGGAUGUUGCUCCUUACGACAACUUCCAGCUAGUGGUUGAUUCCGGGUUCAACUGCACGUGGAUUGUUCCGGUGCUCUACGGGGUGACCUAUUGGCCUGGGGUAAAAAAGUUUGCAAUCGGUGGAAGACUCCUCAACGGAUACUUGCGUGAAUUGAUCUCUUACCGACACUACAAUCUCAUGGAAGAGACUUUGUUGGUCAAUCACAUCAAGGAAGAGACGUGUUUUGUGGCGUCCAAUUUCCCAAAAAUGGUCCAGCAGUACCACGACAGAGGUCGGAAGAAUCGCGAAGUUGUGCAGUAUGCCUUACCGGACUUUAAGACCAGCAACCGGGGCUACGUAGUGACGGAUAAUACCCAGACUGAGGAUGAGCGGCAAAUUCUUACGCUAAGGGACGAGCGGAUUGCGGUGCCAGAGGUGCUCUUUCAUCCGGAGCUAGCGAACAUCCUGAACAAACCUGGGAUUAUCAAGCACAUUCUAGAUGCAAUCCAUUUGUGUCCGCCAUUGCUCCAGCCGUUGCUCGCUGCUAACAUUAUCUUGAUCGGAGGAAAUGUCAAGAUGGAUGGUUUACGUAGUCGACUCGAGUCUGAGUUGAAGAAGGAGUUGCCCCAGGAAUGGAGCGUAAGAGUGGCUGUGGGUAAAACUAAGGGCGUGGACACCGACACAUAUGGCUGGUGGUCCAUGAAUGAGUUUGUCAGUCAGGAUGGGUUCGAGCAGGUUAAGGUGUCGAAGAAGGAGUACUUUGAGCAUGGUAGUAACUGGUGCCAGCAGAGAUUCGGAUUUCAAUGAGGGUGGGAGAAGUAGACUACGGGAUAAAGGGGUUUAAAAGGAUUUAUGACUAGUAUUAACUGAAUGUUAUCAUUUGGAGUACAGGACUGAUGACGUGGUUUAUUUAAGGCUAUUACACCCUCUCAGGAUGUUGUGACUGGGGUCUAGGACUCAAAUACGAACUGAAACACUUCUGCCACUUUCGGUAUAAAAAAACUGAUAUAUAUAAUCCGGGAACCCUCUUCUUCUUUGAAUGAUAAACUUUGUCCCUGGAGUAUGACAGAAACAUGUACAUAUAUCGAUAUCACACCUUGCAUUCGU